AUGGGAUCCAGCCACUCAAGGCACUUCUUGCAGGCCACCCGCCUGCUGAAGUUCACCAACGUCAAGUGCCAGGACCUGCCCACAACGGCGGGCUUCACCAGAUACGAGUACUGUCGCCUGAAGGUGGUGCGGCGCAACCACGUGGAGCUCUCGCUGAAGGUCAGCCUGCUGCAGCUGCCUGUGCGCAACCUGACCACGCGACUGCAGUGCUUCCAGCGGCGCGACGGCUACCGCCCCUUCAUGUACAACGUGCUCUUCGACUUCUGCAAGCUGAUGGCCGCCACCAGCCGCGAGCUCUCCUUCGAGCGCUUCAUCUUCGACACAAUCCGCAAGCACAGCAACUUCAACCACUCCUGUCCCUGGAAGGAGAACCACAUGACUGUGGAUAAGUUUGGUCUGGAUCCCACGAAAAUAAAUGUGCCAUUUCCUGCGGGUGUCUAUCGCUUGGAUUUCACCUUCUACGCAUACGGCAUACCACGCACAUUGACACAAGUGUUUUUCGAGAAGAUUGACUGAAAUACAGAUCUUCAACCCAGAUCCUAAUAAACAUAUGUUUUCCAGUGUCUAUUCAACUUGAACCGGUACUCGCACCUCUCUUGGCUUCCGUCAGAAGAAAUAUGAGUUACGCAAGGGGAAAUUUCUAGAAAACAAUCUAGGGCAAACACUUUACACAUUAC